UUUGCCUGGCAUGUCACUCUCUGAAGUGCAAAAUUACUGUGUCACUUUGAUUUUUACAUAUUUGAAGACCUAAAAAUGGGGGAGGAGCAGUGAGUACCAACUCUGCAGGUACUACUGGAUUAUUUUAUCCCGAGACUCAUAGAAGGAGGUGAUUUCCUGGCCCAACCAUGGAGCAUCACUGCCGGGAUCCCAAGCCUCUCACAACUAGACCUGUGUUGGUGAAGGAUGAGGUAAUUUCCAGAUGAAGGGUGGACAGUGCUGCAAGAGUUUCAGUGGCAGGACAGCUGGUGGUGGAAAUGGUCUCCUCACAGGUGGUUGCCACAGUUGUGCUCCGUAGAUGGCUGAGGCCUCGCCGUGUGACAGGGGCAGCAGCACUGUGUGCCCACAGAGGGGGCUGAGCCCCGGCCCUGCCCAGCCAUGCCAGCCCCUGCCUGCUGAUUCUGCACCUGCCCCUCGCCCUGCGGCGCACGGGAGACACGGCAGGGCCACACACAUCUGACUGCACACCAGCCUUGCUACAGCUCUCACAAACAGCAAACAGGUUGGGUGUUCCCACUGCCCCCUUUUGAAUUGCAUCAAUUUAGAUUAUGAGCCAGAAAGAAGAAGAAAUGGAGGACAGCUCCCUGCCACUCUGUGUCACCUGCGGCCAAGUGCAUUUACCGGAAGAAAACCACUUGUACAGCUACGCUGAAGAAGUGGAUGAUGAUCUGAUAUGCCACAUUUGCCUGCAACCUUUGCUUCAGCCAUUAGACACGCUCUGUGGUCAUACCUUCUGCACAGCCUGCCUUACAAACUUCCUUGUGGAAAAAGAUUUCUGUCCCAUGGACCGCAAGCUUGUGAUUCUCCAGACGUGCAGGAAGUCCAGCAUACUAGUGAAUAACCUCCUGGACAAGCUAAUGGUUAGCUGCCCUUUCACAGAACACUGCUCAGAGGUUGUGCAACGUGGUCACCUUGAACAGCAUUUCCAAACCCAAUGUAAAGGAGCAUCCCACUAUGGCCUUACCAAGGAACGGAAGAGGCGUUCCCAGGACUGCUCUCCAGACCGUGGCUCCAGCUUGGCAGUGGCUGCCCUGGGCCCUGAGCUCUCAGCAGCUGCGGCCAUCGCCUUAAUGACAGACGAGCCGGGGCUGGUGAACCCGGCCUUCAGCCCCACCUCAGAGGAGAGCCAGCUGGGCAGCAGCCCCGGGGACCUGCACCGCAGCAACCGCAACCGGACUCGACACUUUGAACGUUCCACUAUAAGAAGCAGAUCUUUUAAAAAAAUAAACAAAGCGUUCAGCGUUCUUCGAAGGACAAAAAGUGGAAGUGCUGUUUCCAACCAGACUGACAGGGAAAGGGAGACUGCUGGAAACUCUGCUGCUGGAGAGGAAGGUUUUCCCAGGCUGUACCACCUGAUUCCAGAUGGGGAGAUUACCUGCAUUAAGAUCAGCCGCAGCGAUCCCCAUGAAAGUCUGGCCAUCAGGAUCGUGGGGGGCAGUGAGACCCCUUUGGUUCACAUUAUUAUACAGCACAUUUAUCGAGAUGGGGUGAUUGCCAGAGAUGGAAGAUUGCUGCCUGGAGACAUGAUACUAAAGGUAAAUGGCAUGGACAUCAAGAAUGUGCCUCACAACUACGCGCUGUCAAUCCUGAAGCAGCCGUGCCACGUGCUGCGCCUGACGGUGCUGCGAGAGCAGAGGUACCGGUGCCGCAACAGCGGCCUUUCCUUCGAUGCUCACUGCAACAGGGACGACAGCUUCCACGUCGUGCUGAACAAGAGCAGUCCGGAUGAGCAGCUGGGCAUAAAGCUGGUCCGCAAGGCCGACGAGCCGGGCGUGUUCAUCUUCAACCUGCUGGAGGGCGGCAUGGCAGCGCGGGACGGGCAGCUGCAGGAGAACGACCGCGUGCUGGCCAUCAACGGGCACGACCACCGCUACGGCAGCCCCGAGAGCGCCGCGCAGCUCAUACAGGCCAGCGAGAAGCAGGUUCAUCUGGUGGUGUCGAGGCAGAGCCGGCAGCAGCCCCCGGACCUGCUGCAGGAGACGGGCUGGGCUGCCAGCGCCGGGGGCGCCCAGCCCUGCCCCGCCGAGAGGAGCGGCCCCGGCAAGAGCACCCUUCACACUGUCACCUGUCACGAGAAGGUGGUGGCUGUCCGGAAAGAUCACACGGAAUCGCUGGGAAUGACUGUGGCAGGUGGAGCAUCGAACCGGGAAUGGGAUCUGCCUAUCUAUGUGAUAAGUGUGGAACCUGGAGGAGUGAUCAGCAGAGACAGCAGGAUAAAAACAGGUGACAUCCUCCUGAACGUGAAUGGCAUUGAUCUGACGGGAGUCAGCCGGGGCGAGGCCGUCGCCCUGCUGAAGAACACCAACUCCUCAGUGGUGCUCAAAGCCCUGGAGAUGAGAGCAUGUGAAGCCCAGGAGGAGCAGGGUCAUCUCCCACCCCCUGAGGACACACAAGUGACUGCUGAGAGCAGUGAGUGGUCGCCGUCCUGGGUUAUGUGGCUGGGGCUGCCACGAUAUUUGUACAGCUGCAAAGAAAUUGUAUUACGAAGAAAUACAUCUGGAAGUCUUGGCUUCAGCAUCGUAGGAGGUUAUGAAGAACAUACUGGGAACAAACCAUUCUUUAUCAAAUCCAUUGUUGGGGGAACACCAGCAUAUAACGAUGGCAGAAUUAGAUGCGGUGACAUCCUCCUUGCUGUCAAUGGCAGGAACACAUCAGGAAUGAUGCAUGCCUGCUUGGCAAGGAUGCUCAAAGAACUAAAAGGAAAAAUUACUCUCACAAUUGUGUCCUGGCCUGGCACAUUUUUAUAAAACAAGUCUUCAUGGAGAGUGUGACAAGUAUCUUAACAUGGGGAAAACGUUUUAAAAAAAAGGAACACCAGUCUUUGCUUUUUUGGGGAGUAAAGUAUGUAUUUAUAAAGAAAAGGUUUGUGAAAUUUCAACCUGCAUGUCAAGAAAAGUCAAGUUUAGGCAAAGCAGUGACACCUGUCAGAAAAUCACUUCAGAGUGAUCCAAGCUACAGACUUAAGUCCUUCCUUCCCUGUGUUCUUAAGGGUUUUUUGUUGUUUUUUUAUACAUACCUAUAUAUCUAUUUAAUGCAUUAUAAUAAUAAUAAUGGAAUUUAAGGAGCAGCAGCAGCUUCUGCUCACCCACUAUAUUUUGAUUUACAAAAAGAAAACCUUGAAUAACUAAUGGAAAUAUUUCUUGCAAUUUUUCUAGUUGCAAUAAUCAGGUGAAGGUUUUUAUCCAACACAUUAAUAGCACUUUGAUUAUGUGUACCUUUUCAUGGUAAGCAUGAAGCUGGUAUUUUCAAGACUUUCAAGUACUGUUUGUUAGUCUGUAAAACUGUGAAUGAAAUUUCUAAAAUAAUUAAAAAUAAUUGUAACUGUG